AUGGCUCACCCGAAGAGUUACAAGGCCUACGGGUUCACCGAGAAGGGCGGACCACUCAAGCCUAUCACCUUCGACUGGCACGAUCCCGAGCAGGGCGAGGUCAUCGUCAAAGUCGUUGCAUGCGGUGUAUGCGCUAGUGACGAAGCCGCGAAGUACGCCGCCUUCCCCGGCAUCAAAUUUCCCAUAGUGCCCGGGCACGAGGUCGUCGGCGACGUCGUCGCCAUUCCACCGACUGAGAAGAAGUGGAAGAUCGGCCAGCGCGUCGGCAGCGGCUGGCACGGCGGCCACUGCCACACCUGCAGCCGUUGUUCGGUGGGCGACUUCGUCACCUGUGAGCAGCAAGACAUCAAUGGUAUCACGCGCCACGGUGCGUACGCAGAGUACGUUACGCUCCGCACGGAGGCGGUCGUCGCGCUCCCUGAGGGUAUCGACCCCGCUGAGGUCGCUCCGUUGAUGUGCGCCGGCGUGACCACCUUCAACUCGCUGCGCAACAUGUCCGGCAAGCCUCCACAAUACGUCGCCAUCCAGGGCAUCGGCGGCCUCGGCCACCUGGGCAUCCAGUUCGCGAAGGCGAUGGGCUUCCGCGUCGUCGCGCUCUCCUCGUCGCCCGCGAAGGCGGAGCUCGCGCGCGAGCUCGGCGCGGAGGUCUACAUCGACGGCUCGAAGGUGAACCAGGCGGAGGCGCUCCAGCAGCUCGGCGGCGCUGCCGUCAUCAUGUGCACGGCGCCGAACUCGGAGACCAUCCGCGGGCUCCUUCCCGGUCUCGCAGUCAACGGCGAGCUGCUCAUUCUCGCGAUCGCGGACGAGGCCAGCAUCCCGCUCAGUGCGCUGAUCCAGAAGCGCACGUCGAUUCGUGGGUGGCCGUCCGGCACCGCGGCGGACAGCGAGGACUGCGUCAAGUUUGCGCAGGCGAACGGCAUCCGGACGAUGGUGACGAAGUUCCCGCUCGAUAAGGCGCAGGAGGCGUACGACCACCGGAGCUCGGCGCGCUUCCGUGCGGUCAUCGUGCCGUGA